UCUCCAGAGAUGUCACUAUGAAGAUGCAAAAAUGGGACCCGAAAAUAGAGGGGUUGGGAGAUUUGUAGUAUGAUGAACCACUAGCCCCAGUGAGAUCAGGAGCAUGGCCCAAGUCAAGUGGUCAAGAUGAGGGAGGCUAUGGAAAUUAGGACACAGGAGGAAAGUGGACAGAACUGAGGGCAUGACGCCUGAAGAAGAGAAACCCCAGGAACCCUUGAUAAUCUGAAAGCGACAAGGUCAGUAUCUGUGAUGUAUAGGCUAAUUCUGUGGGACUCAAAGGAAUAAAAACCAACUAGGGCAGAUUUCUGAUAAUUAGAAUUUGUCUCAAAAGCACACAAAAACAACAACAGCAAAAAAGUCCCACAAAAACCUGGUGAGGUAAUAAGUUUACCAGUAGCAUGACAUCAUGGAGAAGAUUCAUUCAUUCACUAAAUGUACAGACUGCCUACCAUCCACUCACAGAGAAAUAGUGAGACUAGAGGACUUCGAAGAGCUUUUGUAGUUCUGAGCAGCGAUGAUUCUACACUUUAAAAAAUGUGAGUCUGAGACGCAAGAGAGUUUGAGAGCUUCCAGGCCGGAGAACAGUGGGAGUUGGGCCCGCUGUGCUUCAUCGAGACCCCCCAACCCAGCAACCCAUCCCAACCACAGGCGCUCUGCAACUGUGUCAAGACCAUUGGAGCGAUCCAGUGAAGAUGUGGAUAUAAUCUUCACACGGCUGAAGGAAGUUAAAGCUUUUGAGAAAUUUCACCCAAAUCUCCUUCAUCAGAUUUGUUUAUGUGGUUAUUAUGAGAAUCUGGAAAAAGGAAUAACAUUGUUUCGUCAAGGUGAUAUUGGCACAAACUGGUAUGCUGUCCUGGCAGGGUCUCUGGAUGUAAAAGUAUCUGAGACCAGCAGUCACCAGGACGCAGUGACCAUCUGUACGCUGGGAAUUGGAACGGCCUUUGGAGAGUCCAUUCUGGACAACACUCCCCGCCAUGCAACCAUCGUUACCAGGGAGAGCAGUGAGCUGCUCCGCAUCGAGCAGAAGGACUUCAAGGCUCUCUGGGAGAAAUAUCGACAGUACAUGGCAGGACUUCUGGCUCCUCCUUAUGGUGUUAUGGAAACGGGCUCCAACAAUGACAGGAUUCCUGACAAGGAGAAUACACCUCUCAUUGAACCUCACGUUCCUCUUCGUCCUGCUAACACCAUUACCAAGGUCCCUUCAGAGAAGAUCCUCAGGGCUGGAAAAAUUUUACGAAACACCAUUCUCUCUCGGGCACCUCACAUGAUAAGAGAUAGAAAAUAUCACCUAAAGACAUACAGACAAUGCUGUGUGGGGACCGAGCUGGUGGACUGGAUGCUGCAGCAGACGCCCUGCGUUCACUCCCGAACUCAAGCCGUGGGCAUGUGGCAAGUCCUGGUGGAAGACGGUGUUCUCAACCACGUGGACCAGGAGCAUCAUUUCCAAGACAAGUAUUUAUUUUAUCGCUUCCUGGAUGAUGAGCAUGAGGAUGCGCCUUUGCCGACGGAGGAGGAGAAGAAGGAGUGUGAUGAGGAGCUGCAGGACACCAUGCUGCUGCUGUCACAGAUGGGCCCCGACGCCCACAUGAGGAUGAUCCUCCGCAAAUCACCUGGCCAGAGGAGUAUGGAUGACCUAGAGAUUAUCUAUGAUGAGCUCCUUCACAUUAAAGCCUUAUCCCAUCUUUCUACCACCGUGAAACGGGAGCUAGCAGGUGUUCUCAUCUUUGAGUCUCACGCCAAAGGAGGCACCGUGUUGUUUAACCAGGGGGAAGAAGGUACCUCCUGGUACAUUAUUCUAAAAGGAUCAGUGAAUGUAGUCAUUUACGGCAAGGGUGUGGUCUGUACCCUGCAUGAAGGAGAUGAUUUUGGCAAGUUGGCGCUAGUGAAUGAUGCCCCGAGAGCUGCCUCUAUCGUUUUGCGAGAAGAUAAUUGCCAUUUCUUAAGAGUAGACAAGGAGGAUUUCAACCGGAUUCUGAGGGACGUUGAGGCGAAUACAGUCAGACUGAAAGAACACGACCAAGAUGUCUUGGUGCUGGAGAAGGUCCCAGCGGGGAGCAGGGCUUCUAAUCAAGGAAACUCACAGCCUCAGCAAAAGUAUACUGUGAUGUCAGGAACACCUGAAAAAAUUUUAGAGCAUUUUCUAGAAACAAUACGCCUUGAGCCAGCUUUAAAUGAAGCAACAGAUUCUGUUUUAAAUGACUUUGUUAUGAUGCACUGUGUUUUUAUGCCAAAUACCCAGCUUUGCCCAGCCCUGGUGGCCCAUUACCACGCCCAGCCUUCGCAAGGUACGGAGCAGGAGAAAAUGGAUUAUGCCCUCAACAACAAGAGGCGAGUCGUCCGCCUGGUUUUGCAGUGGGCCGCCGUGUACGGGGACCUCCUACAAGAGGACGAAGUGGCUAUGGCUUUCCUGGAGGAGUUUUAUGUGUCUGUGUCAGAUGAUGCCCGGAUGAUCACCGCCCUCAAGGAGCAGCUGCCCGAGCUGGAGAGGAUUGUCAAGCAAAUUUCAGAAGAUGCAAAGAACCCACAAAAGAAGCACAAAGUUCUUUUGCAACAUUUCAACACAAGCGAUGAGAGAGCCCAGAAGCGCCAGCCUAUCCGUGGCUCUGACGAAGUUCUGUUUAAGGUCUAUUGCAUGGACCACACCUACACAACCAUCCGGGUGCCGGUGGCUGCCUCGGUGAGGGAAGUCAUCAGCGCAGUUGCAGACAAGCUGGGCUCCGGGGAAGGCCUGAUCAUCGUCAAGAUGAGCUCCGGAGGAGAAAAGGUGGUGCUCAAACCUAAUGAUGUUUCAGUAUUUACGACGCUCACCAUUAAUGGACGCCUGUUUGCUUGCCCGCGAGAGCAAUUCGAUUCACUGACGCCCUUGCCAGAACAGGAAGGCCCAACUGUCGGAACAGUGGGAACUUUUGAACUGAUGAGCUCGAAAGAUUUAGCAUACCAGAUGACAAUUUAUGAUUGGGAGCUCUUCAAUUGCGUGCAUGAGCUGGAGCUAAUCUAUCACACAUUUGGAAGGCAUAAUUUUAAAAAGACCACAGCAAACUUGGAUUUGUUUCUGAGGAGAUUUAAUGAAAUUCAGUUUUGGGUUGUCACCGAGAUUUGCCUUUGUUCCCAGCCCAGCAAGCGUGUUCAGCUCUUAAAAAAAUUUAUUAAAAUAGCAGCCCACUGCAAGGAGUACAAAAAUCUGAAUUCCUUUUUUGCCAUCGUCAUGGGACUAAGUAAUGUUGCUGUGAGCCGCUUGGCACUGACGUGGGAGAAACUGCCAAGCAAGUUCAAGAAGUUCUAUGCGGAGUUUGAAAGUUUAAUGGAUCCUUCAAGAAACCACAGGGCCUACCGGCUGACAGUCGCGAAGCUGGAGCCUCCUCUCAUCCCCUUCAUGCCUUUGCUCAUCAAAGAUAUGACAUUUACUCAUGAGGGGAACAAGACGUUCAUUGACAAUCUAGUCAACUUUGAAAAAAUGCGCAUGAUUGCAAAUACUGCCCGGACAGUGAGAUACUGCAGAAGCCAACCUUUCAAUCUUGACGCAGCUCAAGCUAAUAAGAACCAUCAGGAUGUCCGGAGUUAUGUACGGCAAUUAAAUGUGAUUGACAACCAGAGAACUUUAUCACAGAUGUCACACCGGUUAGAGCCUCGUCGACCGUAGACAUUUAAAGUGCCCAGAACAAUGGUUUGCCUCCAGUCCACAGUCUUUCAAAAAUGGCAUUUAUGCUACUACUGACUGUAUUGUCACUAGAGAAUGCUACAAAGCAAGCAAAAACACAUCCUGAGACCUCUCAGGGCUGCAUUCAGCUUACCAGCGUCAUGACAAGAGAAGAAGUUAUUUGCAUCAAGCUUGCACUCUCUAGCAUAGGGAUCCCCAGUUUGUAGUCACCCGAUCUCAUUUCCAAUCAUGCCAUCUUCUUUGCUGAAGCAUAGAAUAAGACCUACAUGAACAGUUUGGUAGAAAUACUACUGUCAAGAGAAAUAUCAAGUCUGACAUUUUUUCUAAGAAUGUUUGCAGGGUGAGAUGUGCUACAAAUGAGGUUUAUUUGGAUACAUCAGUGGUCGUAUAGUUUCAUAUUUUUUAACUCAACUUCUUGAUUUGGAGCAUGAGGAUUUUGGAAGGUGUUGAGCAAUUAAUAUAAAUCCAAAUUAUAGUUUGUAUUCUGCCAUCUUCAUAGUCUUACCUCUGAAGGAAUUGAACCUGACCACAUUCCUAUAAAACAUUAUGACUCUUUAUAUAAUUUAGGGAGGACCAGUCUGUAAUUUCUGAAUGAUAUAGAAUAAUAUUUAUGUUUACAAUGUAACUUUUUUAAACUUUCAAAUCAGGAUUACAUACAUAAAAAUUCCACUAAGAAACUCCAAGGUUCUUAAAAUUUCCAGCGUUUAGAUUUUAAAAAAUAAUAAUACCAUUUCAGAAGAGCACAAUAUGCACAAAAAAAUUUUCAAAAUUAAAAUAUUUUCCUGGGCAUUAAAAAAAAUCUUUACUAUUGGCUAAUUAUUGUUACUGAUAAAAAUACAUAUUUUCUGGAUUUAAAUGUUAUUACAAAUACCUUAAUUUUCAGCAAUUGUUUUGCACUUUCAAAUAGAUUGUAUAUAGUUCAUUCAAUUGAUGGUAUAGAGUUAUUUAUUUGCUACAUGAUAGAUAUUGUGCCAAAUAAUUACUUUUUAUUUAUUUUAUUUAGUAUGUAAUUUUGGGUACAUUUCUUCCUGUUUUCACAAUUAAGCUACAUUUUAUGAGUAGGAAUUGUAUGUAUGUAUAUCUUCUGUAAAUAACAGCUAGUGGCUUCAUUAAAUACAAUUGUUGACAAGAAAUGGUUCUGUUCUCAAUUCCUAUAAUAUGGGAGGGGUAAUUAUUUGGUAUAGUGGGGUCCUGAAUUUUAAAAUUCAAAUAAAAUUCACAUACUAUAAAAGUCACUCUUUUAAUGGGUACAAUUCAGUGGUGUUUGGUAUAUUCACAGGAUUGUUCAACCAUCAUCCCAUUAUAACUCCAAAACAUUCUCUUUAUUCCUAAAAGAAACACAUACCCAUUAGUGGUCACUCCUUAUUCUCUUCUCUUCCCAGUCUCUGGAAACCACUAAUUUGCUUUUU